GUUUACUUUUCUUCUUCCUCCACCCUCGAACCCCCAUAUAAACUUCAUCCUCGUUCUCAAGUGACAUCGAUCAAGAAUCUGCAGGUGAAGCAUUCUGUCUCAUUUCGGUUAAUUAAAUUUCAGGUUCAGCGAUGUUGUAGCAGCACCGGAACGUCAGUCGGUUACCUUGGUUCUCAGCAAGGUCGGAUUCCCCGAGAGCUCACAGCGUUACUGCUAUGUCGACGGCUUUCCAAGCGGUGUGGCUGGUGUGUGUGGGCCUUUUGAGCCUGCAAGCAGCCGAAGCGGGCUAUUUGGCCCAGAAUGGAUACCACGAGCGAUGGGUCCGCGCUCGCGGCACCUGGUACGGGGAUCCUUAUGGCGAAGGCUCUAGCGGAGGAAACUGCGGAUACACUAAGCUUUGGGGCACACCCAUCGGGCCUAAAAUUGUUGCCGGAAGCAGGUCAAUCUAUGCUAAUGGGCAGGGUUGCGGCCAAUGCUAUCAAAUCAGGUGUGUUGAUCCAAACGGAGGACCCAGGCUCUGCAAUCCUCAAGGCACGAACGUCGUCGUGACUGAUUUCUGUCCCGGUGGAACUUACUGCAGCACCGGGGAAAAUGCCUUCGACAUGAGCGGGGCCGCGAUAAAUGCAAUGGCGUUGCGUGGGAGAGAAGGCCAGCUCCGCAACCGUGGUUUGUACAACCUGCUCUACAAGAGAGUCCCUUGUCGAUACAGGGGUACCAAUAUAGAAUUCCGUGUUGAUAACGGCUCCAGUCCCUUCUGGCUCAGUAUUUUGAUAAAGUACGUGGGAGGGCCUGGUGACAUUGGUCAGGUGUACAUUAGGAUGGCGAACUGGUAUAAGUUCCAGCCGAUGAGGCAUGCGUGGGGCGCUAACUGGAUGAUUCCCAACUACGACGGGAAGCCGUUCAGGGGCCCCAUGGAUAUUAGAAUUGUAUCGAGAUUGAACCGUCACACAGUGCUUGCUAGAGGAGUCAUUCCCGCCUACUUCAGACCUGGAACGUCUUACAGGUCUAGAGUGCAAAUGGCUUUUUAGUUUAGAAUACUACCUCAACGGUAGUCCUCCAGCCACUACUGGGUUGAUGAGACAUUAGAAUGUUGUACAUUAGUUUAAGUCACGAUAGUCCGUGAUUAUGUCUUCACGCAGAUCCGUAGCCGUGUGUUGGUUCCUCGGUUCGAGGCGUUCUGGUCUUCGGAUGCAAGCCCUGUCAUGCAGGGUGGAGAGUUGGUAUUCCUGGGAGGCUGCAUAAUGUGGAGCGUCUGGUGGACGAAUCCGUCUAUGCGACUUCAGAUCUUUCUAAUCUGAUGCAGUACCCCAUUCACGCCCCUCUUGAGAGAUUCUAUGAGUUGUAUCCAAGGAGGAGGCAGUUUUACAAACAGUAAACACCAAUAUCUGUUUCCGAAGCUGGAACAAAGUGUGCUGUCCACGACCGGGACUGUUGACUGUUA